GGAAGCGCUCGCUGUGGUGCCCUUGUUACCCUGCUUGGGUGCCGCUAUUCCCCUGCUGCUUGGGUGCCGCUAUUCCCCUGCUGCUUGGGUGCCGCUAUUACCCUGCUGCUCGGACUGAACCGACGAACAGAAUGCAUUAUUGUGCUCGCUUUACCCGUACAGACGGGAUGUCAUUGGGUAAAACGCAGCUUGUCAUGGCGGGGAUUGCCUUGUUGGCAACAGGGCUUAUAGCGACAGAGCAAGACUGGUAUAAACAAGACUGGAGUUCAGAACUACAAGCAUAUGAAAUAAUAGAUCCUCUGAAAAUACAGUCUAGAGGGCAGACUGAGAAUGAGAAAGUUACAUUCCUCAUAAGAACUGAAGAAAAGCCCCUUUUGCUUCGCUUAAAACAAAAGAGAGAAUCGGUAUUAUCCAAUAUGAAAGUAUUUACAUAUGGAAAAGACAACAAACUGAUUGCUGAUGAACCAUACAUGCAGGACAGUUGCUACUAUCAUGGUUUUGUGGAAGGAUACCCUGAAUCUUCAGUGUCACUUAGCAGCUGUACAGGGCUAAGGGGCUUUAUACAAUAUGAGAAUUUUAGUUACAGAAUUGAGCCACUGGACCCACUCCGCACAUCAAAACAUAUAAUGUAUCGGUCAGAAAAUAGAGUUGGAAAUCUAGCAUGUGGGCUGAAUUUUAAAACUAAAACACCUUCUCUGCAGUUGUCAUCUCCAGUUUCCUAUAGAGGUGGCGAACCAAUGUAUAUUGAAUUUGCUGUUGUGGUGUCAAACAAUUGGUAUCGUCAGGUCCAGAACAUAUCACAAAUAGUAUCAGAAAUAACUGAAAUGGUAAAUCUGAUGGAUGAUAUGUUUCAGUCCAUCAACAUUCGUAUAAUUCUGAUCGCUAUUGAAGUGUGGACAAAUGAAAACUUCUCAGUAGCAUCCAGCAGUAGUGGAGAACAUAUCUUGACUGAAUUCAAUAAAUGGAAACAAAGGGAAUUUGUCCAUCGUGUUUUUAGUGAUAUAGAGGGAUUUGUCAUCGACAGAGCCCCAUCUGCUGGAAUGGGAUAUACAGGAAAUGCAUGCAAAAAAUCAUUUAGUCAUUCUUUUGCUGUUUUUAAGCAUUUUGAUGUUGUAGAAAGGGCUCUGAUAUUUGCACACAACUUGGGACAUUCACUUGGAAUGGAACAUGACACUGAUGAAAGCUGUGAAAACUGCAUUAUGCAUUGCUGUGCCAUGUAUAAUUUAAGUUUUAGUGAACAAUCCCAUUCUGCAUUAAUAGCUGAGGAUAUAGGUGGUAAGCUGCUGUGCUUAAAGAAUGAACCAUCUACAGAAUCAUUAUUUAAUUCAGGGAAUUGGAUGCAUGGAAAAUAUUGUGACCGUGGCUCUGAAAAGCCCAGCUAUAUACUUCUUUCACUGGUGUUUUUUCUGGCUUUUAUCCAAAUAGUGCUAUUUGGUGGUAAGACGGCUAUGUGUUGAUGAGUCUUACUGCUCAGCUGAAGACUGUUUAAUAUCCUUGUUAUGAUCUUUCUGUAAAUGGUGCAUUUUUAGCACAAAAGUUGUUAAAUCACCUGUAAAUAAAACUUAUUAUGCAUCAA